CAGUUAAUUGCUAAACUCAUCAAUGCGCCUCUGGUUGCAUGGAACGUCAAUAAAGUACUCAAUAAAGAUCACAUGUAUGAUGCUACAGAGAUCUUUCGGACAUUGGGACAGCAUAAGAAAAAGACUUUUUUCAAACUGGGGUUUCACCUGAUCACCUCUUUUUAUUCCUUUAUCGGUGCGUAA